UAAGGUAUUCUUGGUAAUUAUCUUAGCUCAUUGUAUAGUUUGUUUAAACAUUUUGUUACCUAUCUAAUUGUGGCGGAAGCUAAGUCGUACUACCUUCAAUCUCCGCAUAAUAGCAGUUCGUUGCAGUCCAUUAGAAUGAAUUCUAAGAGUGAUAUGCGUGUCCCUAAGCCUCCGAAACCUCCCGAAAAACCAUUAAUGCCAUAUAUGCGCUACAGCCGCAAAGUUUGGGAGCAAGUUAAAAACUCCAAUCCACAUCUCAAGCUGUGGGAAGUUGGGAAGAUUAUUGGGCAAAUGUGGCGUGACCUUCCUGAUGACGAGAAAAUACUGUAUGUCGAAGAAUACGAUGCUGAAAAAAUCCAAUACACGGAAUCACUGCGACAGUACCACAGUUCACCAGCAUAUCAGGCUUGGUUGGUAGCAAAGGAAAGAGCCGAAAAAAGUAUGGAAGAACAAGACCAGGAGCGCAGGCAAUCAGUUUUGAGAUCAAGAGAUCGUGGGAACGAACUUCCUCAGGGUGAUUUGAGGGAAUCAUAUAUACUGGAAGAUAAUGAAGAAGAUACUGAAGACCAAUUCACUGCAAAGCAUGUAGCAGCCGCUCGUUUCCAAAGAAACCAUCGUCUUAUGCAAGAAGUUUUAAGCGAUACGAGACUCCCUGAUCCUGGUCAACUAAUAACACAAAGCCGUCUUAACACCUUGCGCUUGCAAGUGGAACAACUGAAAAACCAUAAGCGUAAUUUAUGUCAGGAGAUUGAAGGGUGCAAGGCGCGACAUCAAGCGAAAGUACAGCGCAUUCGUGAAGAAUCUGAACGUUUUCGAUUAGAUUAUCAAAAAUUAACGACUGCAAGACCAGUUAUAACAGAGUCUCAGUUUGCCGAUAUGAUAAUUAAAGCCAAGUACGAUAUGCAGCGCGAAGAGGAGGAGCGUAAGACUCGUUAUUUGGCAGAAUUAGAAAUCAGACGCAAACGUCAACAACAGCGGCAACAAAGGGAAGCAGAGUUAUUGGAGUCUGAACGUAGACGUCAGUUAUUGCAUCAACAGCAGUUGCAAGUUCACAUGAGACCAAAUCAGGUGGCCUCAUCACACAAUGAUCCGAAUAUCCAGUUCGGUGACCGUUCGUUAGAAAGACUGAUAACCCAGGACAAAAGAGAUGAUACAAAUUCCCAACCUUCACAAAAGUUACCUGCUUCAACCGGUUUAUUGUGUCCUACAAACCAUCCGAAAGGAGCUCCAGAAGUUGGACAUGAAAUCAACCCGAAUUUGUAUCCUGGGCUAGGAAAUACUUUCACACAACCAGUUACUCAAAAUUCUCUGCAAAGGUUCCCUCAGUCCGGUCAUACACAACACCACUAUCCACCUCCACUACAUUAUUUACCUAAUGCCGCGGCACCGUCAAAUCCACCUGGUUUAAUUCAUCAACGUAGUCCGGUUCCUAGUAUACAACAAGCGGCACAAAAUAAUUCAGGUAAACCGAAUGCCGUAUCUUUAGGACGUACCAAAAAAGUCCCCUCAUCUGCUUCUUCAACUUCAUCGGCCUCUUCGGCUUCGUCAACAUCCUCAAAGAAAAAAAAGGUUGAUUCAGACCCUAUUAAGGAUGCUACUAAUCAGGAUAUGCGCGAACGACCCGUUUCUCGCGAAGAAGUAAUGGAUCAGGCUAAACCUGGUGACUUUGGUCUGACUCCUGGACAAUCUACCGAAUUUCAGCAAGGGUCUACAGCCCAGUCGAGGCAACUCAUUACUUCUCAGUACCAACCGGCUCCAGUCCCUGCUAACUCCGUCGUCCCAGCACAAAUUCCAGGUGGCCCGGUUCAGACACCUUACUGCUACGAAGUUGGGAUGGGAAACCAAUCUAAUCCCCCCUUGUCCACUGGCACGUAUUACCAUCAACCCGUUUCCGUUUCAAAUCCUGGGGGCUACUCUCAUCCUCGACCUCAGUUUUCACAACACACUCCUUACAACGCCGUACAGUAUCACUCAGUUGCACCGCAACCGUCUUCAGAGCAUCCACCUCCCCCACCAGUGUAUAUUCAACACAUGCCACAACAGUCUCAUGUCUCACAGCCUGUCCCAACGAUGGUAGGACCCAACCAACAUUCUUCAAGUCAUAUUCCACCUCAGCAACACAACUCAAAUAACUGGCAUCAUAGUGGUCCACCACCCUAUCCACCACAUUAUGGUCCUUCUCGUUACCCAGUUUCAGGUGGUUCGGUAGGAUACCCGAUGCAGCCUCCAAGAAAUUUCGCUCCCAAUUCCGGUGUUUAUUCAAUGCCCCAUUACCUUGUUGGUCAGCACGGCCCUCAAACUCACCCACAUCAAAAUAUUUCAUCUAUACCCGUUUCUAUUCAGGAUGGGCCUGCUGCCUCUCAAUCAAUUCCAGCACCACCACCAUAUCAACAACAGCAACAGCCAAGUUCUGUUGUCAGUUAUUGGCCUGCACAACAACAAGUACCGCCAGAUUAUGUUCAGAGUCAGCAUCCAUCUCAUUACAUGCCUGGAUCGCAAACUGAACCAGUCGUUCCUAGUCAACAAACUCUGCCAUCUGUUGAUAACGUCCACCCGUGCUCCACUAUGUCUGUGUCUUCUGCAGAUAUUGGUAUGGGUCAGGUAGUAUCUCACCAGUCUCAAGGAGCUAAUAUUUAUUACCAAGGUGGUCCUGUUCCUCCGUAUACGCAUGGCAGUAAUGUAGGACCAAGUGGGUUUUAUUCUGUACCACCACAACACUACACUCCUCAUCAACACAGUGGUCAUUCUUGGUCUGGCUAUUGUAAUUCUGGUCCUCCUCAAGUCCCAUCCUACCCACAAUCACAGCAACAUGUGCAUCACCAGUCGCCCCAAUGUAGCUCGGGUGCUUAUCCUAAUCCCCAAAUAUCAACAAAAUUGGAUCAAACUGCAACAACGGUUCCUGUGGAUAAUUCAACUAGCGUUGGUGCCGCUGGAGGUCCUAAUAGUCAGCCACCAUCCACAAAUGAAAAAUGACUACUUCUUUGUUAAUUUUAAAGCCGUUUUAUCUGUUUCAAUAUUUCGUUUACGUAGUGUAAAUUGUAUUAUCAAAAUACGUAAAAUUCUAAUACUCAGUAUAACUAAAUAAUAUGCUUUAAUAAUGAUUACUGUUCAUUACUUCGGG